UUUCGGAAGUAACUUUAGCAGAAAGAGAAGGAAGACAACAGCAACACUUGUUAACCACACACACUCCUCUUUACACUUUAGUUUCUGCUCAGUUGUUGGACACAAGAGUCUAAAAGUUACGGUUGUAUAUAGAAUCUUUAUAGAAGAAUGAUGUCCCUUAAACCAUCUUCUCUGCUUUGUCUGAUCUUUCUCCUCAUGAUCCCAGCUCUUGGGAAUGAAUGGAGUGUGAAAUACAGCCAACUUAAUCUCUGUGCUUUAAAAGGAUCUACAGUGAUUAUGAACGUCACUUACACACACCCACCACGUCUUACAGUGACAAAGAGGUUUUGGUUAAUUAACCCAGUUCAGGGUAAAGAGUCGACUGAUCUGAAUAAUGUACCAGGUUACUCAGGCAGAGUGACGUAUAUAACAGAUGUACAGAAUCACUUCCACCUCAGACUGAGUGAUGUGAAGAAAACAGAUGAACAGAUGUACUACUUCAGAAUCAGAACAAAUACAGCGGGACAAAGAUACCAGGGUGAUCCUGGAGUUACACUCAGUGUUACAGAUCUUGAUCUUCAGAUCGCUCCUGCAGAAGUGACAGAAGGACAAUCAGUCGUUCUGACCUGUAAAACCACCUGCAGUCUGACUGAUCCAACAUUCAUCUGGUACAAAAACAGCAGAGAUUUAACCACAAAGACCAACAAGAACAAUAAAGUCCGUCUGCAGUCGGUCAGCAGUGCGGAUGCAGGCAGUUAUAGCUGUGCUGUAAGAGGAUAUGAACAUCUCCACUCUCCUGUUCAAACCCUCAGUGUCAGAUCUCUUGGGAAUAAAUGGAGUGUGAAAUACAGCCAACUUAAUCUCUGUGCUUUAAAAGGAUCUACAGUGAUUAUGAACGUCACUUACACACACCCACCACGUCUUACAGUGACACAGAGGUUUUGGGUAAUUAACCCAGUUAAGGGUAAAGUGCCGACUGAUCUGUGUAAUGAACCAGGUUACUCAGGCAGAGUGACGUAUAUAACAGAUGUACAGAAUCACUUCCCCCUCAGUCUGAGUGAUGUGAAGAAAACAGAUGAACAGAUGUACUGCUUCAGAAUCAUAACAAAUAAAAAGGGACAAAGAUACCAGGGUGAUCCUGGAGUUACACUCAGUGUUACAGGUCUUGAUCUUCAGAUCGCUCCUGCAGAAGUGACAGAAGGACAAUCAGUCGUUCUGACCUGUAAAACCACCUGCAGUCUGACUGAUCCAACAUUCAUCUGGUACAAAAACAGCAGAGAUUUAACCACAAAGACCAACAAGAACAAUGAAGUCCGUCUGCAGUCGGUCAGCAGUGAGGAUGCAGGCAGUUAUAGCUGUGCUGUAAGAGGAUAUGAACAUCUCCACUCUCCUGUUCAAACCCUCAGAGUCAGAUCUCUUGGGAAUGAAUGGAGUGUGAAAUACAGCCAACUUAAUCUCUGUGCUUUAAAAGGAUCUACAGUGAUUAUGGACGUCACUUACACACACCCACCACGUCUUAUAGUGACACAGAGGUUUUGGUUUAUUAACCCAGCUCAGGGUAAAGAGCCGAAUGAUCUGUGUAAUGAACCAGGUUACUCAGGCAGAGUGACGUAUUUAACAGAUGUACAGAAUCACUUCCCCCUCAGUCUGAGUGAUGUGAAGAAAACAGAUGAACAGAAGUACUGCUUCAGAAUCAUAACAAAUACAGAGGGACAAAGAUACCUGGGUUAUCCUGGAGUUACACUCAGUGUUACAGAUCUUGAUCUUCAGAUCGCUCCUGCAGAAGUGACAGAAGGACAAUCAGUCGUUCUGACCUGUAAAACCACCUGCAGUCUGACUGAUCCAACAUUCAUCUGGUACAAAAACAGCAGAGAUUUAACCACAAACACCAACAAGAACAAUGAAGUCCGUCUGCAGUCGGUCAGCAGUGAGGAUGCAGGCAGUUAUAGCUGUGCUGUAAGAGGAUAUGAACAUCUCCACUCUCCUGUUCAAACCCUCAGAGUCAGAUAUCGUCCAAAGAACGUCUCAGUGUCUAUCAGUCCCUCUGGUGAGAUAGUGGAGGACAGUUCAGUGACUCUGACCUGCAACAGUGAUGCUAACCCACCUGUACAGAACAACACAUGGUUUAAGGGGAAGACAUCGGUAGGAAAGGAAAAGACCUACAACAUCUCCAAGAUCAGCUCUGAGGACAGUGGAGAGUACAAGUGCAGGAGCAGUAAUGAAGUCGGACAUCAGGACUCCAACAGUGUGACUCUGAUUGUUCUGUAUCCUCCAAAGAAUGUCUCAGUGUCCAUCAGUCCCUCUGGUGAGAUAGUGGAGGACAGUUCAGUGAAUCUGACCUGCAGCAGUGAUGCUAACCCACCUGUACAGAACUACACCUGGUUUAAGGUGAAAGAAUCAUCACCUGUAGGAUCUGGACAGAGUUACAGAGCUGUACAGAGUGGACAGUAUUACUGUGAGGCUCAGAAUAAACACGGCUCUGAGAGAUCAGCUGCAGUGUCUGUCACUAAUUAUGACUCCCUGAGCUCAAGUGUGUACGCAGGUCUUUGUGGUGUUCUGGUUGUGUUUAUUUGUCUAACUGUCACCUUCUUGUGUAUAAGGAAAAAGAAAACUGGUUCAACAGCUGGCCAAAGUUUAAAUCAGGAGAAUCUUUAUGAAAACAUAGCAGUGACAAAUCCAGACAACACCGUAUCUGAUUCAGCCUCAGCCAAUCAGGAUGACGUUCUGUAUGCGAGUGUUGUACAUCAGAGGGCAGUUGAUCCCAGGACUGCUGAGAGUUCUGCAGUGAAAGCUUCAGCUUCUGAGGAGGUGGAGGUUCAGUAUGCUAGUGUUAGCAUUAAACGUAGGUUUAAAGACUUCUGAAGUCUCCUGAAAACUUGGAUUAAAAACCACUCAAAUCUCAAACCAUGAUAAGCUUAAGUAAAAAAUAUUGGAUACGUGUAAAUAUUUAACAGAAUAUCCAGUCAGUUUGGUUAUAUAAAGAUGACUCGGUAUAAACUCUGCAUCCGAGCUCAGAAACCAAAGCAAGAAAAUGGGUAUAUAAAAAUAUAUAACCUCUACAUAAAGAUUUCAUGUAUUUUUUUUCCUUUCAAA